CAGGCCGGCUAAGGCUAGCCAGCAAGGGACAAAGGCAACUGCAGCCUGAGAGGAGUCACCUUCUAAGAUGGAGAAGUUCAAGGCUGCGCUGUUGUUGGGGGGUGUCGGUGAUGCACUCGGCUAUGGGAACCUCUGCAGGGAGAACAGUGCUUUAGGCUCAAUCCGGGAGGAGCUGCAAAAGACUGGGGGACUGGACAGCCUUGUGCUGUCACCUGGAAAGUGGCCAGUGAGUGACAACACCAUCAUGCACAUGGCAACCGCCGAGGCCCUCACCACAGACUACUGGUGCCUGGACGACCUGUACCGUGAGAUGGUAAAGCGCUACGUGGAGACUGUGGAGAAGCUCGCAGAACAUCGGCCAGACCCUUCCACUAUCGAGGGCUGCUCGCAGCUGAAGCCAGAUAACUACCUCCUCGCCUGGCAUACGCCCUUCAGUGAAAAGGGUUCGGGAUUUGGAGCUGCCACUAAAGCAAUGUGCAUCGGGAUGCGGUACUGGAAGCCAGGCCGGCUGGAGACCCUUGUUGAAGUCAGUAUUGAGUGUGGUAGAAUGACCCACAACCAUCCCACAGGUUUCCUUGGGUCCCUGUGCACCGCUCUGUUUGCCUCGUACGCAGUACAGGGAAAGCCCCUUGUACAAUGGGGACGAGAUAUGCUGAAGGCAGUCCCGCUGGCUGAGGAGUACUGCAGGAAGACCAUCCGGCACAUGGCAGAGUACCAAGAGCACUGGUUUUACUUCGAAGCAAAAUGGCAGUUCUAUCUGGAGGAAAGAAAAAUCAGUGAAGAAACAGAGAACAAAGCCACCUUCCCUGACAACUACGAUGCUGAGGAGCGAGACAAGACAUACAAGAAGUGGAGCUCAGAAGGCCGAGGGGGACGGCGUGGCCAUGAUGCCCCCAUGAUAGCCUACGAUGCCCUCCUUGGUGCAGGGAACAACUGGACCGAGCUGUGCCAGCGGGCCAUGUUUCACGGAGGUGAGAGUGGAGCCACGGGGGCAAUCGCUGGCUGCCUAUUCGGGUUGCUGCACGGCCUGGCCAGUGUUCCACGGGGCUUGUACCAGGAACUGGAGCACAAAGACAGACUAGAAGACUUGGGCACAGCCCUGCACCGCCUGUCCACAGAAGAAAAGUAAAGUGUUUCUGCCA